CUAUAAAUAAUUUGAGCGGGAGUUCUUUUCCCUUCUCAUCAAAAGGUUGUCCAAAUUUACCAGCAAUUGCAAAAAAAUUCUGAGAUAAUCUCUGCACAAGCUUGCUCAAGGUUUUAUAUAUGUGUUUAAGAAGGAAUUCAAACUUUUGCACGAAAGAAACAAGUAGGUAGCGGCACUGACAACAUUUGGAACAUUUUUUUAGAGGGCGCAUUGUUUGGAUUUGGAGGAGGAUAAAGAUGCGGACGAUGUUAUCGUGGCUCAACUGCUUUCUCACACUCUGUUUGACGGCCUUACUGAUCCUUUAUUCUUUUUCGGAUUUAUCUCAUAAUUUUUUCUCACCGUCACCUUCGCUUCAGGUUCAGGCUCAGGUAUAUGUUUUUGAUGGGAUACAAUUGAUACAAAAGAAAGGCAAGGUGAGGUUAGCUCUUAACAUCACAGCAGAUUUUCGAUCCUUGUUUUCUUGGAAUACAGAGCAGAUCUUUGUGUUUGUAGCUGCAGAGUAUGUAACACCGAUAAACUCUGUAAAUCAGAUCUCAUUGUGGGAUCGCAUUGUGACAACUAAAGAGAAAGCUAGGUUCCAUGUCCAAGCUAGAGUGAAGGAUUUUCCCAAGUUGAAGGUGUUUGACUAUUCAAGAACGUUUGAAACCAUUGGCAAGGAUAGGUUCUAUUUGGCUAGAUUUUUCAUAUGCAACAAUAACUUUGUGAUUAUGGACUGAAAUUUUAUCUUUUUUCUCCACCAAAGAGAAUAAUCCACCAGCUAAAAAUGGCUAAGUGGGGUACCCUUUCCAAUAUGAAAAUUGUUUUGCUUCAACAUGUAAAUCAAGUGCUUCAUUUCCCUAGGUUAAGUUUGACAAGUCAAAGAUGCUUCAUUCAUCUUGACUUCCCAUCUAUGGCAUCAUAGAUGCUCUUACUCA